AUGAGUCAAACCUUGUUGCUCUCUCUGGGCAGUGUGACACUGGCCGUCUCGUUACUCUCAUGUUCUGUUGCUUUGCAAUCGGCCUUUACUCAGUCGAGAAACGGGAAAGCUAGAGAUCAAUUCUAUGAAGAUGCUGAUGGGUGUGCCUCGCCAGAAACUCUUGCAAAGUUCACGAAUAAGGUUUCCAAAGGCUUCGUUAUCGCGAUUUCUGCAAUUGGCGUCGGUGCAUCCAUUGCUGGUCUCGCUUCGGCUACCCUUCACCAUGGGUCGGUUAUCGUGGCUGUAUUAAAUGUUGCUACUUGGGUACUGGCUUUUGUUCAUGGCAUUUGCAUCGCUAUCCAGCAUUCACCUGUAAUAGCUCACAAGCUGGGAAUCUUGUUGCUAUUCACUGCUCUAGCUCUGACAGUCUCGUCAUUAUUUCGACUCAGCCAUUUAUUCCCGAAUCAAACUCAAGCUCCUACAGGCGCGAUCGUUCUUACCGUCGUCAACACCUUAUUUGCUGUCGCAUUGACGUUCGCUAGCACCUGUCUCCCAAGAAGACCGGAUGUCUUCCACAAAAACGUCGCUGUCGAUCGCCAAUACAGUACAUCUUUGCUGGGGCGUUUGACAUGGACGUGGAUCCAACCUCUUCUGCGUCAUGCAGCGCAACAGCAAGACUUGGACACGAAAGAUGUACCGCAGGCGGAUUCAAGGUUGCGAUCGCAAGAGCUUAAGAAACAAUGGAAUCAACAGCCAAGACACGGCUCGCUGAUCCGGUACAUAAUAGCCCUGUAUAAGGGCAGGCUUUUCAUUUUAUGGAUAGCUACUCUGGUCCGGUGUGCUGUUAGCAUUCUUCCGUUCUGGUUUAUGCUCAAGAUCAUCAAUGUCCUCGAGGACCGCACGACGCCAUCGGAUAACAUGAAGUUAAUGGUGUUUGUCUUGGGCAUGGCGUUCUCGAAUAUGUUGGACUCGUGGAUGGAGGGCUGGGCAUAUUGCAAGGUUCUAUUGCGAAAGAACAUCAGAACUGCAGGUGGUGAUGACUCUGUCUCCGAGUCCGAUGCCACGUCGGAGGAAGACGAGACUUCCCUCAAGUCUCACCAAGCAAUCGUUAAUCUGGUAGGCAUCGACACUGAACGUCUCUUCUACUUCCUCCAAUACCACUUCCUCAUCUUAGCCGGCAUCGUCAAACUCAUCAUCUUCUCGUUCUUCCUUCUUCGCAUUUUAGGAUGGCUUCCCCUCAUCGGAGGCAUCGUGGCCUGGGCUCUCACGUUACCCUUCAAUACCUGGUUCUCGGGCAAAGUGCUCACAGAGUCGAGAACAUUAAUGAGACAUCGCGACGUCAAAUUGUCAAAGAUCAGCGAGGUGCUUACUGGUCUGCGACAAAUCAAGUUCUGCGCUCUGGAAGCACAAUGGGAGCAAAGGAUUCUAGCUCUGCGAAACGCUGAGUUGGCGACGUUGUGGAAGUUCUUUCUUGCUGAUAGCGGACUGUUUGCAUGUUGGGUAAUAAGCCCAAUCCUUCUGGCUGUCGCGGCCUUGACUACAUAUGUGCUUGUUCAUGGUACACUAUUGCCUUCCGUCGCGUUCGUCAGUAUCGGAAUAUUUAAUACGCUCGAGACAACGCUGGGUUCUCUUCCUGAGCUCUUCACCCUGGGACUAGACUCGUUGGUGUCAUUGAGGCGAAUCAGUACCUACCUCGAUGAGCCGGAGAAGCAAACCGAACUACUAGUUGGCGAUAGAAUCAGCUUCCACAAUGCGUCUGUUGCCUGGCCCAGCGCCUCCGAGAAGUCGAUGGAAGGUGACUUUGCACUCUCCAAGCUUAGUCUAUCCUUUCCCAACCAUGUCCUGUCUGUCGUAUCCGGCAAGGUCGGCACAGGCAAGACUCUUCUGUUAUCUGCCAUCUUAGGCGAAGCGGAUUUACUGAGCGGCUCAAUCUAUGUACCCAAAAAACAGCCAAUAGAGACUAGAAACUGGAUCAUCCCAGGCUCAGUUGCCUACGUCAGUGAAACUCCAUGGCUAGAAAACGCUUCCAUUCGCGACAACAUCCUCUUCGGUCUCCCGAUGGACAAAUCGAGAUACAAGAAAGUCCUAGACGCCUGUGCUCUAACAGAAGAUCUCUCCUUACUUCAAGACGGUGAUGACACUGAAAUUGGAGCGAAUGGUGUCAAUUUAAGUGGCGGCCAGAAAUGGCGUGUUACUCUCGCGCGAGCUGUAUAUUCGCGUGCAGAGAUUCUAUUGAUGGAGGAUAUCUUUAGCGCUGUUGACUCUCAUGUCGGAGCCUCGAUCUACGACGGAUGUCUAACAGGGGAUAUCUGCCACGGAAGGACGAGAAUUAUCGUCACCCAUCAUCUGGGUCUUGUCAUGCCUGGUGCUAGCUUCUAUGUUGAGCUUGGUGAGGGCGGUGUUCUUUACUCUGGGCCUCCCAAGAGUCAAUUCGAGCUGUCGGACGAUCAGCUGGACUUAGAAGUACUGAGUGCAGAUACUCAGGACACUAUGAAGGUGGACCACGGCUCUCAUAGUUUCUCAGACCGUCGUCAAUCCUCAGUUUCUACCACCGUAGGCGAAAACCAACCUUCUAAGUCAGAAGAUGCGCCAAAGAAGUUCAUGCAAGAGGAAACGCGUCAGAAAGGCAACGUGAAGGGUGGAGUUUAUCUGGCAUAUGUCAAAGGCAGCGGCGGUACUCGCCCCUGGAUGAUCUGCAUCGCUGUUUACCUUGCCUAUCAAGCUGGAACUCUAGGAAGAGCUUGGAUUCUUCGUAUCUGGACUGCCAGAUCCAGCGCAGGCGCAGAUGGCAUCCAUCACGUUGUUGGUUCGACAGUCUCAACACAACAGCUACUCUACCGGUCUUUCGCACAGAUUGAACUCGACCCUGAUGUUUUGUUCUAUCUGAAGCUAUAUAUCGCGAUUUCUGUCGCCACUGCCACCGUCGGGAUUUUAAGAUACCUGUCAUCUUAUUAUCUUGCCGUCAGAGCCAGCAAGUCCCUCUUCGAGAGAAUGCUUUUUGCUGUAAUGCACGCCCCUCUACGGUGGCUGGACACAGUCCACACUGGUCGGAUCCUGAAUCGCUUCACGGCAGACUUCAAUAUCAUCGAUGAAAGAAUCGCUUUGAGCUGGAGUAUGUUCUUCUCACAUCUCUUGAGACUUGUCAGCAUCUGCAUCGCUUCUUGUUUCGCUUCUGUAUACCUUAUUCCGCCGGCGGUCGUGCUAUUAGCUAUUGGUGCUGUCAUAGGUAAUAGGUAUCUUAUUGCUAGUCGGCCUUUGAAGCGACUCGAAAGCAAUGCCAAAUCACCUGUGUUUGAGCUGUUUAACACGACAUUGGCUGGCAUUGCUACUAUUCGUGUGUUUCGGAAGACACAGACGUAUCUUGAGCAGAUGCACAGUAAUCUGAACGCUUGGACGAUGACAACAUUUUACAUCGCCUUAGCCAAUCGGUGGAUGAGCUUUCGAAUGGCCCUUAUCACUGCCCUCUUCAGCAUCACUGUUGGUAUCGUCAUUAUCGCCAAGUCGAUUGAUGCUGCGCUAGCUGGCCUAGCCCUCUCAUUCAUACUGGACUUUUCCGAAAGUCUUCGCUGGACAAUCCGAUCAUACGGAGACAUGGAGUUGGAGAUGAACUCCAUGGAGCGAGUGGUUGAGUAUAUGAACCUCGAAACGGAAUAUCUUGGUGGCUUGAAUGCUGCUGCAGCUUGGCCAAGCUCAGCCAGCCUUGAAGCGAAGGACUUGGAGGUCGCGUAUUCUUCUGAUCUGCCGCCUGUGCUGAAGGGGUUGAGCUUUAAGAUCAGACAUGGUGAGCGUGUUGGUGUGGUGGGCCGGACAGGUGCUGGCAAGUCUUCACUGACUCUAGCUCUCUUCCGAUUCCUGGAGGCGAGGUCUGGGAGUAUUGCGAUCGAUGGCGUCGAUAUUUCGAUGCUCAAAUUGACGGAUUUGAGAUCGAAGAUGUCCAUCAUCCCUCAGCACCCUGUCCUCUUCUCAGGCACCAUCCGCUCCAACCUAGACCCUUUCGGCGAAUACACCGACAUCCAACUCUACGAAGCCCUCGUCAGGGUCCAUCUCAUAGGCCAAGACGAUACAUCCAACAGUAGCAUCUUCAACGAUCUAUCAAGUCCCAUAGCCGAGUCCGGCAGCAAUCUUUCUCAAGGCCAACAGCAACUCCUUUGUAUCGCACGAGCACUCCUUGCUGCUUCCAAGAUCAUUGUUCUUGACGAGGCGACGUCUGCUAUUGACAUGGCGACCGACGUCUUGAUACAAAAGAGUAUUCGCGAAUGGUUUACUGAUAGAACCAUGAUCGUUAUCGCGCACCGGUUGAGUACCGUCGCCGACUUUGAUAAAGUCCUCGUGCUUGACGGAGGGCGUAUGGUGGAAUUUGGGACACCAAGGGAGUUGUGGGAGAAAGAUGGUGCGUUUAGGAGGAUGUGUACAAGUGCGGGAGACAGCGAGGAGAAGAGCUUGAGACGGGUCAUCAUGGGUUGA